AUGUCUGACUCACCUCCGUGUCGGCAUAGUCUCGAAAGAGCGAGCAAGGAACUCGAGUUCGAUGUUCCGGACGACAACAACAUGUUAUUACGUCAGUUCAUAUGCCGCGGACAAGACUUUCCGGCAUUCAAGGAGAGACCGAGUUUCGCGCUCGCAAACUGCUGCGUAUCGAAGACCUUGACAGCAACGGAUUUGAAUGCAGCUUUAGCACACCCCGCCAGAGCCCUGCCAAUUGAAUGCGUGUUGGAAGCGGCUCGAGUGUUUGCCAUAUGGAUGCAAACCGGAUCGGUAGCACUGAAAACGCAGCGAAUAAUGAAUGUAGAAGAUAGAGUCGUUGACCCGCGCGCUCGCUUGGGUUUUGCGUAUACGGUUUUUCGAAACAGAUGCGCCCACGUCAGCACAAUGGCGAGAGCCAUUGAACCAGCCACCAUUAUGAGACACGGAACCUUGUCGAGAGGAUGGCCGACGGUGCCGCAAAGGAUUUUCGAGUUGGGUUGGCUGGUAGCGAGGAAACUGGAUAAAAAUGAUUUCGAUUUGAAUUCAAUGAUGGACAGAAUACACAAUCGCAUCCUAAUCGUCGUGCCCAUGGUACUCCGAAGGAUGGCGUGGAUGUCUGGUGGUUGUCGCACGCGCGUACUCUUUUAUGGUGACUUUUCGGCGAUCAAGACGAAGAUGGAUAGUUUGCUCACGGACGAUCUCGGAGCAGUCGUGCUGAUCCUGCCGCCGGAAGAGCCAGCCAACGGCACCGAGCUGCGAUCAUGUCAGCUAUUAUCUAUGGACUACAUGUGGCACGCAUGUCUACCUUGUGAAUGGUCCGAGGACCGUAAACAUAGUCUCAUCAUCUCAACCCUGCCUUUCCCACACUACCCCUGA